AUUUCCUCCCUUUUGUCACCACGACCAUGCAGAGGCAUUGAGUCAGUGACGAUGCCUUCCAAGAUCUCCAAUGGCGCUUCGACGCUGCGGCGAGGCAGGAGAUCGGCCAGUGGCAGCGGCAGCGGCCAAGCUGGUGCUGGUGGCACGCCGCCAACCUCGAACGCGCCGCUACCGCCGCGGUCACCAUCUGAGCUCACCCAAGACGCCCUCGAGCUACUCCGGCAAUUCCUUAUGUACCUCGACCCGCCCUCGGCUCACUUGCUCCCCAUCGAUGAGCCACCAAACGCAGAGGUGCCCAUUCCCAUCUCGGACUGGAACGUCAUCUAUUCGACGACGCAGGCAACAGCUGUCACAUCGUCGAUCAAGGUCUCAUCGUACCCUUCGUCCUCCAAGAAUCUAUUUUGCGUGCAGAGCAUCCUGCCUGGAGUGUCAAGCAGACAAUUCUGGACGCUCAUGGCAGAGUCGGGCAAUCGCAGGCUGUGGGACACGACAGUGCAGGAGGGAGGCAACUGGCGUUGGCUUGAGGAGGAGCUAGGAUCCAACGAGGCGCCCCUGGCACGCAGCAUAGCAGCGCGUAUCGAGUAUCUGCGCAUGGGCGCAAUCUUCAUGGUCGCCAAGCCAAGAGAUAUGCUGUUGCUUUCUGCAGAUGUCAUGCUGCCAGCGACUGCCGAAUGCCCGCUCAGGAUGGUCUCGAGUUGCCGGUCAGAGGUUGACCCCACCAAGCCUCCAGUCAAGGGCUACGUGCGUUGGGAUCUGGGCGUGGGAGGCUUCAUGGUCGAGGAAAUGCGAGGCAUAGACGCCAUCAGGGUCACACAGCUGUCCGAUCUUGGCGAGCUGGCAUCGUGGGUACCCAACUCGGUAGUCAGGAUGGUGGCUUCAACCAUGGUACCGCGCUCCCUCAGUCUCAUUUCCAAGGCUGCGCUCAAGAUCAAACCGCACGAGGCUAUCUUGGGACCUACGGCUCCUCCUGGCGCAUCAUUGCGAGAUGAGGUCUGUGUCAAGGGUCACGAGCGCUGGAGUCGUGGGCGUGGCCUGCCAGGUCAGAUCGGCAAAGGCCCGCUUCGGAGGGCGAAGGAGACGGCCGCAGACCCAUCGCAGUCGAAGCCGACGACGGUGACAACAGCCGACAAUACUUCGGGUGCUUCGUCCACCCACAACUCUGCACCCUCCACCAUCUCCGAGUCGUCAGCACCUUCCUCACCCUCGUCUUUCAAGGUCCCAACGGCAGGCAAUAACCUUCUCGUCCCGCCUCUGACCCUGCAGCGCUUGUCAACCAGACUGCACGAUUUGACGCCGCAGAGUCACUCUCCCUCGUCGUUCCAUUCUAGGUCCGUCGUUUCUACCGACGCCUCCUCUCGUGGUGACCGGGCCUCGGAGCAGUCGUCGCCAACCAGUCAGGACGACCGUGACCAGCAACGCACCGAAGAAGGCGAGGGCGACCUGACGAUCGUGGUCUCUGAUCAUGCUGCGCUUACGACAGACGACUCGAAUGAGUCGAUGUCGAAUUCAAAACGGGCGUCCACCGUCAUAACCCAAGAGGACAGCGGCGACGAUGCCCUUGGCCAACUGCGAGGCGAAACUCAGCUCGGCGAGCGAUUGCAACGCUUCUCGAUGGCUGCGAGAACGACGGCGGAGGAAGACGCUGAGGCGACGCGAGUAGGCGACACAAGCGCAGCAGACGAUGAGGGUGGCGAUCACGACAAUGGAGAAGAAGCCAAAUCAGUCCUGGCGGAAGCCCUUUCCACUUCUCUUCAAUCGCCGCAACUCCUCCCUCAGCUCCUUCCUCAAUCACCACAUCGCCGCCAAGGUAGCUCUUCCUCCGCUUUUGCGCUGGCAGGGUCGCCCACGGCCGCAGGCUCGGGUGCCACACCGCGCUCGCCCAGUCGCAUCCGCAUGGAGCAAGAGGCCACAGAGCUGUCCGCUAUGCUGCUCGCAGGAUCAGACGCGCUCAUCUCGGCCUUGGCGCCUGGAGCGAGGGGCCCAAGCGCUAGUGCAGAGCACAGCGACGAUGAGAGCGAAGCAAUCGGGAGCAAAGCUGAUAUCAAGCCUCCGAGCCCUCUUAGCGGGUGUGGCCAUUCUGCCCUAACCGCCCCGCUUCCAACUAUCCCGUCCACCUCGCAUCGCAAAGCCUCCCCCAGCCGGAUCCCGUUCAAAGCUUGGGAUCCUUCCUCUCCUCCUUCGGCCUUUGCGUCUUCUCAGUCCUUCAGCCGCUCCAGGCCAGGGUUCAGGAGGCAUGUAUCAAAUUCGUCGCAGCCCGUCGUGGAGACGUCGAGUGCGCAUGCGAUGCGCUCGUUCAGCUACGGCGCGGCCAAGAGUAGUGACGCGAGUUCGGUCGGAGUGGGGUCGGGUGCAGUGGUGAGGGAUGGAAGUGAGGCUGCUGCUACGCCGGGAGCGGGAGUCGCCGGUCAGGCAGAUCCAGCCCUGUCUGGAAAGCGUGGAGGUCCAAGCAGGCCCUACGCCUUGGCUCUGGGGAUGAUGGCUAUGCUCUGGGCCUCUUCGUCGUCAAAAGAGCAACGCCGCAGCCCCUCGUCCGUGGCGGAAGACGAAGCAGCAUCCUCUGUUCAUCAACAGCAACAGGCAGCCUCGCAGUCAUCGCGACCUGUCAGCGCAGCCCCAGACGGGCUGACAAUGCAGCCUCCCUCAGCAUCGACCUCUGUCUCGCUCGCAGAAGGGACAGCCUCAUCUAAAGAAGACCCUUCGCCUGCCGUCACGGCUGCACGACGCGCUCUACUGCAGAGGACGGUCUCGUCCUCCUCGUCCAGAUCAACUACCGCAGCAGCAGCGGCUGCCGCCGUUGCGAGCGUUGCCGCAGAGAGCUCCGCUGCUCCUGCCCCACCGAAGAGCAAUAAAGUCCAAGCGGUGGCACCUCCCAUCACGCCCGUCUCCACACUGCCCCGAUCAGCGUACAAGCCGCAUCCUUCCAGCCCACCCUUUGCCGGACCUAACUUCGGAUCAUGGUCUUCUUCAACCGUUCUGUCCUCCCCACCAGCAUCACCGCGCAUUCCUGCGGAGGAUUCACGGGAGAGGAGGUUGAGCCGGGCAAAUUAUGCUGGCAACAGUAAGUUGUUGACUGGUAGUGCAGGUGCAGGUGCAGGCGUGGGUGGUAGCGGCACUUGAGCGUGCUGGAGAAGACAGUUGAGAAGGGAAAGAAGAAGUAAUCGUGAAGCGCACGGAACGAAGGGCCGCAGGACCGCAGGAGCAAAGAACAGGGACGCAUAGGAGGUGUCCGUCUCAUCAUACCCACCUUCCCGUAGACAGUUGUGUAUAUCAUCAUCUGAGCUCAACCUCACUCAUCAUUUUCUGCGUCGCGCUGCCAUUGUCGAUAAAUUAUCAUCAUCAUCGCAUACA